AUGGCUUCCGCCUUCGCCGCCGCGCCCGGAUCUCUGAGCAGCCAGGACCUCGACCAACUUGAGGCUCUGGAACCCCGCAAUCUCUCCCCGCCGACUGCUGCCCACCAACCUCACUCCGUCGGCUCCGUCCACAUCGACGACGUCGACUUCCCGGGCCACAACAUCGACUCUGCCUCGCCCACGGCCAAUCUGCUAGAGACCCCGACCGGCUCGACCACCACACCAGGUCACUACCAGUCGAGCGACUUCAGCGACCUCGACGAGGACCCCUUCUUCGGCGCCGACUUCAACAACGUCGAGGCCGGCACCACGCCGUCCUUCCUCGACGACCCGGCCGGCUGGAACCAAGCCCCCUACCUUGCCGACGAGACUGCAUUUGCCCAGGCGCAACAUGAGAUUGACCACGGCAGCCUGUACCCCCUGACCCCGACACAUACUGCCUCUGUUCACGCCACGUCUCCGCCAAGCGAGCGCAAGGACACCGGCGUCACGCGAUCAAUCGCAGAGAGCCUCCCAGACUCCAUCUCUCCACAGCAGCUCCAGAAACCGUUCAAGCCAGCGCCCGUCGUCAUCGCGUCAGCCGACUUUACCCCAAGCCAUAGUGGCAGCAACAGGACAAGCGAGGACGGCCUAGCACCUGCCCCUGUUAUCAUGAACCCCCAGAGUCCGAGAGUGACAGUCUCUAUCUGGGACAAGGAUGACAAUGUCCCGGUCCAGACCGUGGAGCGCUCCUUGGAGGACAGCCCCAACACAGUACGAGGCGGCAUUCAUUCUGCCGGUGACCUCAUCUCAUCUGCCUACGAUGCGCCCUACAUUUCAGGCCACCGCGACUCCCUAGAUCGGUGGCAGAGCGAUUCAAGCCUACGGAGAGGUGGCCUGGAUCCCAGGAACCGCCCCGCUGAAGAGGUGCCUAGCAUCAACGAAGUUAUGAGAGGAAGGAGAACCAGCGAACGCAACCAAGAGGUCGGCAGGUGGCUCUCAGAUAAUCUCGACGACGUGUCCGCGCCGAGGGAGAAGUCUGCGGACGAAAUCCGGGCAAUCGAUGCGGCGGGCUAUGAUGCCAACGACGGGAUUCCUCUCGGCGACUCAACGGAGAACCGAUUCGUCCCCGGCCAGACGUACUACAACGAGGGUGGAGGUGGCCAGCUGAACGACAUCGACCGAGAUAUCAUCGCGGCAAAUCGCAAUUGGGCGGAUGCGCCCGUCCUUCACCAAAUCACUCGAGGCUCUCCAGGUCGGCAUCAGCCACAGUCGUCCCAGGCGGCUAUUGAGAGGUUCGAAAGGCUCUGUCGGGACAACGACUCCAUCAUCUCUCGAUCGGCGACCUGGGGAACGCGCCGCAGAAGCCACCCAAGCGUUUUCGAUCUUGACGUUGAGGGCGUCACCAGUGGAAGCUUCCUGAAGAAGCUGUCCCUAAGCCGGGGCAGUGGUGGCGACAAAAUCAACCGGUCUGGGAGUCUACUCAAGGAUCUCCGAGGCCUCAUCAGAAGGCCAAGCGCCAGUUCCAUGCGAAAGCGCUCCCGCAGCCGCUCGCGUGGCGCGAAAGACGAGGAGCCGCCGCGCCAGUAUGACGAUGAGCCGCAGAUUCAGGGGAAGCGCGACAGCACCCCCCAUCUGUCACCUCCAUCGAGGACAUCCAGCUGGGGUAAGAAGCCGCCUACACCCAGCAUCAACACUGCUCUCGUCAACAUGGCGCACAACUUUGCGUCGAUCGGAACAACGCACUCGCGCAGCGGCUCCAUCAGCGGCGCCACGCCUGUAGCCUCGCCCAAGAACAGCCUCACCAGUAGCCUCAGCGUGCGGAAUACGCUCAGGCGGCCCAGAAGCAAGUCGGAGGUGCCAAAGCCGACCGCCGCAACGGCGAAUGAGAGCCACUCGAACCUGAUCGAAAUUUGGAAGAAGUCUGGAGGGCCACCAGUGGCUGCCUUGGGCAGGGCGAGCCAUGCCAAUCCCGACGACGACGACGAUGACGACGACGACGACUUCUAUGAAGACAGCGACAUGAAAGCAAAUCCAAACAUUAUAGAUGAUAUCGCGCCCAACUUUGCCGGAUUCCAGCAACACGUCACGACACUAAAUCCUGGUUUGGGGACGACACAUGGCUACCUCGUCGACCGCAUCGCGCACCAGCAGAUUAUCAGGUACAAGCACUUGUUGAAUGCCAAGGUGAAGCACUUGGGUCUCGGCGCGAAUUGUCCCUGUGGGUCACUCUGCAUGGCAAUGGGAGGCUCUGCCAAUGUCCUGGAUUCGCGGGGAGAUCCGAGAGGGCUCGACCCUUUAUCUACGCACCUGGACGACCCGGACGACGGUACGCCCACCGAGGGCGCCAUCACCCAGGAGAGCUUCCCGCAAGACAUACCCAUGCCUCCCACCCUGUACCUGCCGGCCGAGUUCGAAUGCCAGCUUUGCUAUCAGCGCAAGAAGUUCCAAAAGCCAUCAGACUGGACCAAGCACGUGCACGAAGAUGUCCAGCCGUUUACUUGCACCUGGGACAAGUGCCGUGACCCAAAGAUCUUCAAGCGCAAGGCCGACUGGGUGCGCCACGAAAACGAGGGUCACCGACACCUGGAAUGGUGGACGUGCGACGUCGACGACUGCCGCCACACUUGCUACCGGCGAGACAACUUCCUGCAGCACCUAGUCCGCGAGCACAAGUUCCUAGAGCCCAAGGUCAAAACGAAGGCGGCGAUGAAGAGGGCGGGCGGGAUGGACCCGACGUGGCAAAAGGUGGAACAAUGUCACAUCGAGACAAAUACACGCCCGCAGGAGGAACCGUGCCGAUUCUGUGGCAAGGUGUUCCCGACGUGGAAGAAGCUGACAGUCCACCUGGCCAAGCACAUGGAGCAGAUUUCUCUUCCCGUGCUCCGACUGGUCGCGGCCAAGGCGAAGGAGCUGGCGGCCGACACAAUCAUUAGCCCUGUCCAGGACCCCCCGCCGCGACCGAUGAUCCCUGCGCCGACAGCUCAGGCUUCUCCUGGGAUUCAGUAUCCCGGGGCGGCCCAGCAGCAGCAACAGCAGCAGUUCGCGGCCGGCCACCAGCACAUGGGGUACGGGAACCAGGGCCAGCCGUUUAUGUAUCCGGUGAUGCCACCGGGCCAGUAUCCGGCGCAGCACGCUGCGUUCUACGCGGCACAGUACGGCAACAUCGGACAAAGCCUGCAGCAGCCCGGGCUGGGCGUCGGUCAGAUGAAUCGGGGCUUCGAGACAAACCAGCGGAUACAGGGGUUCCCGCAGGGAGGAGUGACCGAAGCGUUCCCACAGUCGACUGCUCAGUACAUGGCGAUCAACGACAACGACGUAGAGCCUUUCCCGCAGCUGAACGCGUUGGGCCUGCAGAACGUUGGAACGCCGCAGAUGGGCGGGCAGAUGGGCUUUGACGCCAUGAUGGAUCCGUCAAGCGUCAAUGGCAGCCCAUUCAGCGGCCACGAAUCGCUGUCGACGUAUUCUCACUCUCCUCACCUGAAUGCCGGCGGUGGAGCCCACAAUGGCAACAGCAACAAUGGCGGUGGGGCUGGCGGCAACCAAGACCAGACUUGGGACGAGCGGCGGCUGACAGGUUUCCUUUGA